AUGAAGUACAUCAGCAGCCUGAGAUCUUUUUGUCACUGCCUGAAGAUGUUUGUGUGGCUUUUCCUGUUCCUCUCCACCCCAAUCUCCUCCACCAACCCGGACUCAGAACUCACCCUGGAGAUCUGCAGUGUCUGCUCGUGCCUGUCAGUAGAAAAUGUGCUGUAUGUCAACUGUGAAAAGGUGGCAGUGUACCGACCAAACCAGCUGAAACCCCCUCAGUCCAAUUUCUACCACCUGAACUUUCAGAACAAUCUUUUGAUUAUUUUGUACCCUAACACGUUCCUUAAUUUCACCCAUGCCGUGUCCCUGCAGCUGGGCAACAACAAGCUGCAGAAUAUAGAGGGAGGAGCUUUCCAGGGGCUUAGUGCAUUAAAACAGUUGCAUUUGAACAACAAUGAAUUAAAAGUCCUGAGGGCUGACACAUUCCUGGGCAUAGAGAACUUGGAGUAUCUCCAGGCUGACUACAAUUUAAUCAAGUAUAUUGAGCGGGGAGCCUUCAAUAAACUACACAAGUUGAAAGUUCUCAUUUUAAAUGACAAUCUGAUUUCUGCUUUACCUGACAAUAUAUUUAGGUUUGCUUCCUUGACUCAUUUGGACAUUAGAGGAAACAGAAUACAGAAGAUGCCCUAUAUAGGUGUUUUGGAGCAUAUUGGGAGGGUGGUGGAGCUGCAGCUGGAAGAUAAUCCUUGGAAUUGUACGUGUGAUUUGCUGCCAUUGAAAGCUUGGUUGGAGAACAUGCCAUAUAAUAUCUACAUUGGAGAGGCUAUUUGUGAAACACCAAGUGACUUGUAUGGAAGGUUAUUAAAAGAGACAAAUAAACAAGAAUUAUGCUCCAUGGGAACUGGCAGUGAUUUUGAUGUAAGGAUAUUGCCUCCAUCCAUGGAGACAACAUUCACCACGCCUGGGGGGCACACUGGUCAAACCUCACAGAAUCGAUUAGCCACUAAGCCCCCUAAAACUACCAAUCCUUCCAAGAAUUCUGGAAUAGUGUCUGGAAAAUCUGUUUCUAAUCACAAUCUCAGCCAGAUAGUGUCAUUUCAAACAAGGGUACCUCCUCUCACUCCUUGCCCAUCGCCUUGUGUUUGUAAAACACAUCCCUCUGAUUUAGGAUUGAGUGUUAAUUGUCAGGAAAGAAAUUUAGAGUCAAUGGCUGAACUAGUACCUAAGCCUAUAAAUGCCAAGAAACUGCAUGUGAAUGGGAAUUAUAUCAAACAGGUGGAACAGGCAGACUUUGCUGAGUUUGAAGGUCUAGAUCUGCUUCAUUUAGGAAGCAAUCAACUGACUAUGAUUCAAGGAAAUGUAUUUUGCAACCUUACAAACCUAAGGAGGCUUUAUCUUAAUGGGAACCAAAUUGAACGUUUGAGUCCUGAAAUAUUUAAUGGUUUGCACAAUCUCCAGUACCUUUAUCUGGAAUACAAUGUGAUAAGGGAAAUAUUGGGGGGAACCUUUGAAUCAAUGCCAAACCUUCAGCUGCUUUAUUUAAAUAACAAUCUCUUGAGAAGUUUGCCAGCUUAUAUAUUUUCAGGAGUGCCCCUGGCUAGACUCAAUAUCAGGAAUAACCAUUUCAUGUACCUGCCUGUAAGUGGCGUUCUUGACCAGCUGAAAUCUCUAACACAGAUUGAUCUGGAAGGAAACCCAUGGGACUGUACGUGUGAUUUGGUAGCUCUGAAGCUCUGGCUGGAGAAGCUAAGCGAAGGCAUUGUUAUGAAAGAGGUCAAAUGCGAGACACCUGUGCAGUUUGCAAACAUUGAGCUGCGAUCUCUAAAAAAUGAGGUUUUGUGCCCCAAGUUGGUAAACAAGCCAUCCACACAGUAUACCAGUCCCAUCCCUGCUAUCACGUUCACAACCCCUUUAGGUCCUAUGAAAAGUCCACCAGGUGGACCUGUACCUUUGUCAAUCUUAAUACUUAGUAUUUUAGUCGUGCUCAUAUUAACAGUUUUUGUUGCAUUUCUGCCUUCUUGUUUUUGUUCUGAGACGAAAUAAAAAACCUACAGUAAAGCAUGAAGGCAUUGGAAACCAGGAGUGCAGUUCUAUGCAGCUCCAGCUAAGGAAGCAUGACCAGAAAGCCCUUAAGAUGGAUGGUAUCUCUGCAGAAACAUUUUUUUUUCCACAAACUAUAGAACAAAUGAGCAAGAGUCAUACAUGUGGCAUGAAGGACACCGAAAUGGGAUAUCCAUUUACUGAUCACCAUGGACAGAAGGUGGUCCUCAGGAGUUUGACUGACAAAGAUAAGGAUUUAUCACAUGGGGAUUCUAGAAAAAGACUUAGCACAAUUGAUGAACUGGAUGAAUUUUUUCCAGGAAGAGACUCCAAUUUAUUUAUCCAGAAUUUUUUAGAAAGUAAAAAAGAAUAUAAUAGCAUAGGAGUCAGUGGUUUUGAAAUACACUAUCCAGAAAAGCUACAAGAUAAGAAAUGCAAGAAGUCUUUAAUAGGUGGGAACCACAGUAAAAUUGUAGUAGAACAGAGAAAGAGUGAAUACUUUGAACUCAAAGCCAAACUUCAAGGCACACCUGAUUAUUUACAAGUCCUUGAAGAACAAACAGCACUGAGCAAAAUGUAG